AUGUUACAACAAGAGAGUAAGAGUUUGCACGCGAGCUUACAGUCAUUGCAGAGUGACUUUGACGACCGCUCUCAAUUCAUUCGUGGAGAUUUUGCGUGGCGCAAACAAAUCACUGCUUUCCACGACCGACUUCAAGAUGUACUCACGAACCAGCUCAACGAUGUCGCCACCAAUGUCAGUAAACAUGCUGCACACGUAGCAGAUAGUUUGGCGCAGACUCUGGCCAAGGUUGAGCGCGAUGGGCAACGUGCUGUCCACCAGCACGAGCAGAUAGGAGAGGCGACGUUACGUCGAGUGCGCACCGCCUCGACCAAGGAGGUAGAGCGGGUAGCGCGAUUGGAAAAGUGUCUUCGUCUCGAAGAAGCUCGACAGGCUGCUGCAAUAUUAGCUGAACGAGAGCGCCAGUUAACCGACGAACACAACGCGAGAGGAAGUCAUCUACAAGCGCUUCUUGGCGACAUGCGUGCGUCUAAUGAUUCGCUUGAGACCCUUAACUCUCAGCUACUGGAAGCGCUGCGAACGUCGCGCACUGAGCUUGAACAGCUACGCAACACCCUGGUACAAUCCAUAGCUCGCCCUAAAGCGAGGAUCUCCAGUCUCUCGCAUAACGAAAACAAGAAUGCUGGUAGUAUGAGUCGGCCCAAUGGAGACAAAAGCGGCAAAAACAAUACAAGUCGCGGUCUGGAAUCGUAUCCGUCCACGGCGAAUGAGCUAUUGCUAGUGCCUCAACUCCGACAGUCGCUCAAAGAAGCCACACAAACUGUGGCAAGUCUACAAACCCGCCUGGGCGAACUUGAAAGCGCUUCGGACAGUGACAAGCAGCGGCUUCGCGAUCUGCAACUCGCUCUAGCACAAGCUCAAAAUGAGAAAGCGAAAGCCACAAAACUGCUCGGAGAGGCGCGUCUAGCCCUCAUUGACAAUGGAAAGAGGCUUGUUGAAGCUGCCAAUGAAAGUGCGCAGUUGCAGGACAAGUUUGACUCCUUGCAGGCUCUAGCACAGGGUCGGGAACAGGCUCUUGUUGAUUCACAGAGACUAGAAGACGCCACCCGCAACCACCUAGAGGCCUUAACGAGUCGAUUACAGCGUGUGCAGAACAUCGAAGUUCGAUGGAAAGAGUUUGAGAACGAAACGCAAAAAGAGCUUGAGAUUCGUCUUCGGUAUGAAUUCGAGAGGCGAUUUGGGGACCAGCUGAAUCUUCGGAUCAGCCAUGAGCGACGCCACGUACUUGAACGACUUAAAGCGUUGUGUGCUGCAGAGGCUAACGACAAGCAGGAGCAGACAGAACGCAAACAUCACCGCGUUUCCCGUACUAGCAAACUUGAAGGUGAUUUCACUCGUUUGAGGCGGCUGUUGAGAGCCGCUUACAAUCAACUCGAGAUUUGUGUCGGUGCAUGGUCUGACACAGAUCUGGACGAACUUCACGCUCGUCUGGAGGCGCUACAGGCGGAAUCGCAGCGUGUAUCGCUUGUACGAGCUGAAUUGGCUUAA